GGGCCUGGUAGUUUUGUUUUUCUGUGUUUGGGGACCCCAGCCCACUGCCGCAACCAUGCUGCGCCAAAUCAUCGGUCAGGCUAAGAAGCAUCCAAGCUUGAUCCCCCUCUUUGUAUUUAUUGGAGCUGGAAGUACUGGAGCAGCGCUGUAUGUCAUGUGCCUGGCAUUGUUCAAUCCAGAUGUCUGUUGGGAUAAAAAGAAUAACCCAGAACCCUGGAACAAAAUGGGUCCCAAUCAGCAAUACAAGUUCUACUCAGUGAAUGUAGAUUACAGCAAACUGAAGAAAGAAGGUCCAGAGUUCUAAAUGAAAUGUUUCACUAAAAAG